CGAACACUCCUAUCCAAAGUUGCAGAGAGCGGCAGCCGUCUGACGACCACUCUUUUGCUUAAAAAAGGCGCCAAUGUGCACUCUCGGGAUGACGGCGGCCGGACUUCGCUGUCAUGGGUAGCAAGCAAUAGAAAUGAUAGCGGCAAUCGAGUGAUUCAGUGUCUGCUUGAGGAGCAUGCUGACAUAGAGUCUCGAGAUAACAACGGCCGAACACCAUUAUCGUGGGCGGCGGGCGAAGGGCGAAGUCAAGUCGUUCAAUGCCUGAUCAAGAAGGGUGCUAACCUAGACUGUCGGGAUGAUUCGGGCAGAACGCCUCUGACUUGGGCGCGUUUAGGGAACCACAGUGGAGUGUUGUCUCAUUUGUUG